AUGGACAAAUUGCCUCUCAUACACCGUCUCCUCAAUCGGUGGUGUCUAAUGCUAAUGGACAUUCUCAGCAAUAAGACGAUUGGUUGUGGUACUAGGACGGGGGAACUUUACUACAUGGACUUAGCGCGUGACAGUGAAGCCAAAGCUGGUCAAGCUUUCAAGAUUGGGGGAGCUAAUGUUGAGAAACAAACUGACGAAGUAUGGCUAUGGCAUAAGCGUCUUGGACAUGCUUCGUUUGGAUAUUUACAGAAGUUAUUUCCAUCCUUAUUCACCAAUUUAGAUAUUUCAAGUUUUAAGUGUGACAUUUGA